AUGCCAAUUACCACGGGCAUGACAGAAUCGUCUAUCAGUGAUGUGGAGCAACCUCAGUCACAGCAGAAGAUAUUUAAAAAGCAGUCAAGUGGUCUAGAUACUAUUUCUCCUGAACGAAGGCUUGGAGAUAGCCUCAACAACGAGCGGUCAUUUCGAGACCUGAUCAUGUUUGAGGAGCGACUGCAGUCCAAUAUGACUCGGAUUCGUGGAGCCACGCUGCGAUGGAAAGUAUUUCUGGUUGCUCUGCUGCUUACACUUUUUGGAUCAGCCUACAUAUUCUACAAUUCAGAGAUUCCUGUAUUUGAACCAAGUACAGAUCCACACUCGGGCACACAACCACAACAUACUCCAUGGAGCGCAUUGGUAUUUAUAUGCUCAUGCUCCAUCACUCUGAUCUUUUUUGCUAGCGGAAUGUACAAAACAAAACUAUUGACGCAAGAAACAUUUGUUGCGCGGUGUAAUAAAACACUCAAGCCUUUCAAUAUGACAUUUCAGGAGUCAAGUGGAAAGAUUGUGUUUAGUCGUAAAGUGCCAAGAGAGUUUCAGGAUGGUAUGCAGGAGUAUCGCGCAUCAUUUUUAAGAAGACGGGAACAGUCUGCUGCUCGACGACGCUCAAGUACGAAAAAGAAGGCCUGAUUUUGUGUUUUAUCAAUACCCUUUUAUUAGAUAUCCACUACACAAUUCUUUAUAAACACCUUGACUCACUAGGUUGGCUUUGGCUGAUAUUUGUAGUUUAUCUUUUACAGCCAUAUUCACGUAAAAUGGAACACCUAUAUUUAUUUUGCAGUCACUCUGUAUUCUACUUUGGAAUAAAC